GCUGUUUCUGAUGAUUAUUACAGAGCUCUUCGAUUGGUGCCGCAUUUCUUCAAUGAGUGCAGCUUGGCGAUGGAAGGCUAGGCCGAGGCCUAGGCUAGGCACAGGCUCCAAGAUUUAUGUUGGCUCUAAAUGAGGCAUUUCUCGACGUGAGUGAGCAAGUAGGUCAGUAGUGUGCCUGCUAGCCGUUGGGUGUGGAAAACUUGACAGGUUCUGGAGACUUGAACUCGACAGCCAUGUCUUUAAGAGAUUUAGCUGCGCAGCAUUUCAAAGGCUCGCCUGUUCAAACAAGUAGCCCAAAUGGAAUGACCCAGGAUUCCCUUCAUCGAUCUGAGGAAAAAAAUCCUGCCCCUCAAAAUGAAUCUCUAUGGAGGCUUCCAACUUUUUCAAACUUACCACUAGGAGAGAGCCAAAAUAGUGGAAGGUUGCAGUCAGAGGACUCAGUGAAACCUGAAGUGGCAGGGUUUUCACUGUGGAAUUUGGCAGAGAGACAUCUAACAUCAGGAGAUAAUGCAGAGAAAGCAUCCUCAUCUGUAAAGGAGUUCGGCAUUCCUGCAAUUAUUCACAAGAAUGAUCACACAAACAAAGGGGUGGUGUCAACAGGAAAAACUCCAGAAGAGAUGGCCCCAUCUCAGGAAGAUACAAAUUUGGAAGAGGGGCCCAAUGCAGACAUUAGUGCAGAUGCAUUGAGAAGUGAUUCUCCUGAGAUUGACUUGACCCAAGCAUUGAAGCAGGUAGCUGGUCUACCCUCCACACCAUCACAACAGAAACAGGGAGGUGGUGAAAGGCAGAAGAGAAAGAAGAAUCGCACAAAGCAACAGUUUGUUGAACUUGUUAUACCUCAAUCAACGAUAAGCCCAGAGAAACUGUUGCAAUUCAAAUGUGAGAAGCCCUCUCGAUUGGGUUACAUCAUUUGUCGAGCGAGUGAUGAACGUGAAAGUAGAACAAAUGGACCUGUAGCAAAGACUACUAUUCCAAUGCGGACACCAGUGAUGUUUACAAAAGAAACCUGGCAAGCUAUCUCUUCAUCCUUUGGGGAAGUUGUGGGCCCACCAACUCCAGAAAUUUGUUCAUUCACAUUUAACACUCCUUCACCUGAUGAAGUACCAGCCUAUUCUGAAAGGAGAGUUGUGGGACUGAUUUCAAGACAAGAACCCAACAAAGGCAAGAAGCAACCCAAGGAGUUUGAUGUUGGUCCCUCUUCCAGUGCGACACUCAUGGAUAUCUUCUCUUCAGACUUCCGCAAAUUUUGCUUCUUGAGAAAGAAUUGUGAUGAUGAUUGAGUUUGAUUAGAGU